GUUGCGCUGCUUUUUUUUUCUUCUACAUCUACAUUUAUAUGUCUAGAGAAGUCACAUAUGAUAUGUAGUUCAAAGCUUGGUGAUAAAAAAAAAUGGAGAAGAGCAAGUCAUUCCCUCAAUACUCAUCGUCUUUCGACUGCGAUUUCGGGACGAAUCCGUAUAGCUUUAACGGGCCAUAUGAAAAGGGGAAUGGAUUUGCCACAUCAAGUGAUCCUGAGCUUAAGAGGAAGAAGAGGAUUGCGUCUUAUAAUGUUUUCACCAUGGAAGGUAAGCUGAAAUCAAGUGUCAGGAACAGCUUCAAGUGGAUCAAGAGCAAGUUCAUGAGUACUGAUGAUGUUCGUUAUGGUGUGUGAUUUCUUUUCUUUUCUUUUCUUUGCUUAAGCAAGUUUGAUCAGCUUUGUGUGGAACUACAUAUGCUGUGUAACUAAUGAAGGGAGCUGUGUAUGAUCUACUACAACUGGAUUUCCAUGAACAAGAAGAACCAUAAUUGAAUAAUGUAAUAGAGGCAUGUUCAUGAGCACUUGUUGUCUAAUAGAGGCAUGUUCCUAACAACUUGCAUAAGGUAUAAGGUUCGAUUUCCAUUGCUGCAAGACACUGAUAUUUUCAUCCCAUAAA